CUCUCCGUUUCAUUGAUCACGAAUUGCAUUAUAUUUUUCUUCAUCUUUUUCGAGAAACGCCUCACAAGUCUUUGACCAAGCUUCCAUCUACCGAGCAUAACCGUCGUUGUAUUUGCGUUUUAUCUCCACCAAAGAAAGCUACCGUACCUACCUUACCUUACCUACCCCACCAAAGCUGUUUGUAACCCUUCCUGCAGGUACGGAGCAAAGCGACCGGUGCAAAUUUGGGUUGGCUACAGGAGGAGAAUACCCCAAGACAGAGAGAGUGUGUGUGUGUUCCUCAGUUUUCGACUGAGCGAUAGCUACCUUUUUCAAUCAUCCGAACCAUAAAUUGACUUUUCAACUCAAAAAUGCUGGGAACAAAACUCACCCGCGCAGCUUCCAGACUGCUGCUGCCCAGUGUUCGUCCAAUCGCAAGCACCACCCCCCUGGCUUCCACCGCCACCGCCGUCACAACAACUACCACCACCACCACACGCACCAUAAGCAACAGCGCAAGCAACCUCCGCCCAGACACAAAGGACAAGGACCACCCAAAGACGGCGGGCAGCUACGCGCGGACCGACGCCAGCGUGACGGUCGAGUACCCCGAGGCGCACGAGCUGCCGUCUUCGGCCCCGGUCAAGGGCGCCGGCCGUGCCGGGAUCAACGUCAAGCCCACGCUGGCCACGUUUUCGCUGCAGGGCAAGGUCGGUGUCGUCACCGGGGGAGCGAGGGGCCUCGGCCUCGUCAUGGGCCAGGGGAUGGUGGUCAGCGGGGCCGACUUGGCCAUUGUCGAUCUCAACCUCGACGAGGCGAGGGAGCAGGCUGCUGCGAUUGUUGAGCAGUUUAGGAGGGAGAAUCCCGAGGCGAAGAAACUACCCAAGGUGACAGCACACUACGCCGACGUGUCCUCCGAGGAGUCCGUCAACGCCUGCAUCGCCGACAUCGUCGCGCAGCACGGCAAGAUCGACAGCCUGGUGACGUCGGCCGGCUUCACCGAGAACUUUGAGGCGACGCAGUACCCGAUCGACCGGAUGCGCAAGCUGUUCGGCGUCAACUUUGACGGCACGUACCUGUUCGCGACCUCGGUCGCCAAGCAUCUGAUGGCCCGCCAGGCCGCGGGCAGCAUGGUCUUCAUCGGCAGCAUGAGCGGCGCCAUCGUCAACGUGCCGCAGCCCCAGGCCCCCUACAACAGCGUCAAGGCUGCCGUGCGUCACCUGGCCGCCAGCCUGGCCGUCGAGUGGGCGCACGCCGGCAUCCGCGUCAACUGCAUCAGCCCCGGCUACAUGCUCACCGCGCUGACCAAGAAGAUCCUCGACGACAAGCCAGACCUCAAGAAGAAGUGGACCAGCCUCAUCCCGCAGGGCAGGAUGGGUGCGCCGGAGGACCUGAUGGGCCCCGUGACGUUCCUGCUGUCGGACGCGUCGGUCUACGUCACCGGGGCUGAUAUCCGUGUCGAUGGUGGUUACACUGUCAUCUGAUGACGGGAGGGGGGAAGUGGCUUUUUAAGACGGCAUACAUGCUGCAACUUAAUGCGAUAAUAUCUGGAAAGCGUUUUCUAUUUUCGUCAUGUUCCGCUGUUUAGCGUUAGUUUCCGAAACAUUACAACUCUUUUAGACAAAUGGAUUUUCAUCAAGAUACACAAUUCUUUCCUCUCGCCUGGAAGAGCCACAUCUCAGCCUCAUAAAAGGGAGCAACUCUACACGAGGGGUGAGUGGGAUAGCGACACCAACGGGAAAGCCAGAUCACCGAUCAACAAAAAGCCACAAUCGAUCCUGCAUAAUAUUUAUCUUGGUAUCACAGCCCACUGUUGUGCAGAAACCCUUUCUCGGGAAACACGAGGUGGGGAGGAGGAGAAAAAGAGACCACUGGCAAAACAUUUUGACCGUUUAUGUCGUGCAAAAAAAAAAAAAAAAAGAAAAACACAAACCACCCACCUUAUCGACUCUGUAUUCUC